AGCAGUUGUAAGAUAGGUGCCCUCAGUUUAUUCUCAGUAAGGGGCAGUUGCCUGUACGAGAUCGAGUGUAGCGCGAGUGGAUUUCUUUUUGCCUGAUUUCUUUUUUGUUUCUUUCGGACCGUCAUUCAGUGCCUGGAUGGCGUGGGACAGGUGUAACCAAGACUCGGUCUGGAGAGAAUUAGAGUGUGCUGCUUUGGUUGGCGAAGACCAACCCCUCUGCCCGGACCUCCCCGAACUUGACCUCUCAGAGCUUGAUGUCAGCGACCUGGAUGCAGAUAGCUUCCUGGGCGGGCUCAAGUGGUACAGUGACCAAUCAGAGAUAAUUUCCAGUCAAUAUGGCAACGAGGCUUCUAACUUGUUUGAGAAGAUAGAUGAGGAAAAUGAGGCCAACUUGCUGGCAGUGCUUACAGAAACCCUGGACAGCAUCCCAGUGGACGAGGACGGAUUGCCUUCGUUCGAGGCCCUGGCAGAUGGGGACGUGACCAAUGCCAGUGACCAGAGCUGUCCCUCCACCCCUGACGGCUCGCCGCGCACCCCCGAACCAGAGGAACCCUCCCUGCUGAAGAAGCUCCUUCUGGCGCCCGCGAACUCCCAGCUCAGCUAUAAUCAAUACAUAGGUGACAAGGCACAAAACCAUGCAGCCAGCAACCACCGGAUCAGACCACCACCUGCUGUUGUCAAGACGGAGAUCUCCUGGAACAGCAAGCCGAGGGGGGGCUGUCCGCAGCAGAGCCGUCUAGUGAGGCGCCCGUGCACCGAGCUGCUCAAGUACUUGACCGCCACCGACGACAUCCUCCUCCAGACCAAAGCCAGCGAAGCCAAGAGCGCCUGGGGGGGCGGCGGCAAAGACAAGGGCGGCCUGCUGGGCGCCUCGUCCUCCUCCUCCUCACCGUCCUCCACCACUUCCUUCUCCUCCCUCUCCUCCUCCUCCUCGAUCGCCUCCAAGAAGAAGUCGUCCUCGUCGUCUGUCGUGUCACAGCAGCAGCAGCAGCAGCCACAUCACCAGCGAGGUGAGAGCCGGGCUGCUGGCGAGUGUAGUGUGGCUGGUGUGGGGGCUGGGAAGUGGCGUCGCUGCGCUCAUGGGGCUGGUGGCACUGAGGGACAGUCCGAACCCGCGGCGGCACCCGCUCCUGUCCCCCAGGCACGUAGGAACGACAGCGCCCAUGCCCGCCCCAAACUGGAGCGCAGGCCGUCCAGUGAAGAAGGAAGGCCGCCAGGUCUGCAGCCUGCGGUGGACGCGGGGCGCCUGGCAGCCGCUAGGUUCAUUAGGUACAUGCAUUCUUAUUCUCUCCCUCCUAGAGAGACGGGUCAGACAGGCAGCUGUGGGCGUUGCCAUAAGGCGGGCGCUGCCACUCAGGCAAUUGAGUGCUGGGGCAGGCAUGACCGUGGUGGGGCCGCGCCUAGGCACAUUGCAGUGACCGUUAAGAAAAGAGAGGAGGAGCCAGGGCAUCCGUUGCUUAGCCAGCUGCUGACCUCCAAGCAGAGGCCCGCCCGCUAUCAGGCCCACUUGCUUCCGCCCACUACUACCCCUCAGCCUUGCAAGAGCCGUUCUUCAAGAAUGAGCUCUGGAGUCCUGGAGAGGGAUCAGUGUCCCAGCCAGGCUAUUGAGGUGGAGGAGAAGGAGCACAGAGGGACUGUCAAUAUCGAUCCCUGCAGAUGGGGUCUCAGACAGGCCAAGGAGCCUGAUUCGGACCCCCUGUUGGCCGAGAGCUUAGGCCUAGGCAGCUGGGUUAGCCAGCCAGACCAGGGGCUAGAUUUGGGGCUGGGGCUGGGCUGGCUAGAGGUUGGCCUAGUGGAGCAGGCUGACUGUUUCGGGGAGGAUGUUCGCGAUGAUGAUGCCAUAGGCAGCCCCAUGGCGCUCUCAUGGGGCCUGCCAAGCCCAUUCUUCCCAGAUUCUAGAAAUCCAGACCCCACUCCCUCCGUCACACAGCAGCACCUACACAUGCAGGCAGUCUGCAGGCACCCCGAGGACCAGAGCCUCCUGUUGUUAGCCAAACCAACCACCUUGCCACUUCCUUUGACCCCAGAGUCUCCAAAUGACCACAAGGGAUCCCCGUUUGAGAACAAAACCAUUGAACGCACAUUGAGUGUGGAGAUCUCUGGAACCCCAGGUUUGACACCACCUACCACGCCCCCCCACAAAGUCAGUCAAGAGAACCCUUUCAAAGCAUCGAUCAAAACCAAGUUGUCUUCAUGCUCCCCAUCUGCCCUGGCGUGCAAGAGGGCUCGGCUGAGCGAGGCGAAACCCUGCAGGCCCCUAGCCCCAACCUCGGCCCCAGGCAGGAAGGGCCCAGAGCAGACUGAGCUGUACGCCCAGCUAAGCAAAGCGUCCACUGCCCUCCCCACCUCUGUGGUUGCUGCGACGACAGGGGGCUGCAAGGAGGAGCGCUGCUGCGGCAACAACAAGCGGAGUGUCCAGCCUCGCUGCUACGGUGACCACGACUAUUGUCAGUCCACGGCGACCAGCACAAAACAGGACCCUGCCGCCGGCGCUAACACUAAUGCGGCUAACGCUACCGUUACCAUGACGAUUACUACGACAACCCCUCUGAAGCCCAAUCCGGGUGUGGCGGAGGACAGGCAUGUGGAAUGUAAGGACUCAGCCAUGCCACCCUCCUCCUCCUCUUCAUCCUCUACAUCUCCUCCUCCAUCUUCAUCCUCUUUGGCCAAGCAGUUGCAGCAGCAGCAGAGCUCUUCCCCUGUGGGUAAGGAGGCUCGGGGGCAGGACCGGACCCCCAUCAUCCAGGACAAACCACACCCACCACAGACCCCAGAAGGGGACCAGCACUCUGCCAGCAGGAAGCAGCCCCUGCGAGACCAGGAUAUCCGGGCGGAGCUCAACAAGCACUUUGGCCGCCCCCAGCAAGCCAUCUAUAGCCAGGGUGAGAAGGGGGAGGAGGUGGUGGUGGAGGAGGGGAGACGGGGAGGAGGGGAGAUGGCCGGAGCCCUGCAGACCUCCAAAGAGAGCCCUGCUGGGUACGAGAACUACCCCAAGCUCCCUAGUUCUGGGUCUGGUUCUACUGGGUACCUGCACCCAGGCCUCUCUCCCUUCCACGAGGAGCUGGAGGGUCAAGGCGUCGAGGGGCACUUCCUCUACCCCUGGGAGGGCAUCCCUUUGGACCUGCUUUUCGAGUCCUGCUCGCCGUCCUGCUCGCUGUCCAGCUGCUCCCCCUCACGGGGCUCCGUCUCGCCCCCCUCCUCCCUCCUCCUCUCCCCCAGACACUUCCACUGGCCCCACUCGGGCUCCCCCUCCUCCCGCUCUCACUCCCGAUCCCGAUCCCGCAGUUCUUCCUCCCACCACCGGAGGCGCUCCCUCUCCAGCUCGCCUGACGGACGCCCCUCCUCCAGGUCUCGCCACAACAUGGACUCCAGCACUUUGCGGUCCAGGACCCACAAAAGCCCUCACUCACAGUCCAGAUCCCCCCUCAGUCGCAGGCCACGGUACGACAGCUACGAGGAAUACCAGCACGAGUGUCUGAAGCGGGAGGAGUAUCGCCAGGACUACCAGAAGAGGGAGUUUGAGAGGGCUGAGCAGAGGGAGAGGCAAAGGGAAAAAGCAAUACAGGAGGAGAGACGGGUGGUGUACGUGGGGAGACUGAGGUCCGACAGCACGCGGACCGAGCUGAAGCGGCGCUUUGAAGUCUUCGGCGAGAUCGAAGAGUGUGCCGUGAACCUGAGAGAUGACGGGGACAAUUUUGGCUUCAUCACCUACCGCUACACUUGUGACGCCGUCGCUGCCCUUGAAAACGGACACACCUUGCGCCGGACAAACGAGCCCCAGUUCGAGCUGUGCUUCGGUGGACAAAAGCAGUUCUGCAAAUCGAAUUAUACAGACUUGGACUCCCAUUCUGACGACUUUGAUCCAGCCUCCACUAAAAGCAAGUACGACUCCAUGGAUUUCGACAGCUUGCUGAAAGAGGCCCAGUGCAGCCUGAGAAGAAACAAUCAACAUUUUCUUAACAAUCUUCUCGAACAGUGGGAUGAGAUAUGCUGCUCAUUGUCCAAGUGAUUUCUGUCUCCACAACGGUGGUUUGCAGCCAUGACAAAAUGUCUACCACGUUAUUUUCCUUUAUACACGUAGAACAUGAAGCAAUAAAAUGAUUUAGCAGGUAUUUUGUUGUACCACACUGUAAAAAUCUGAUUUGUUGCUCCACACACGCUUGAUUAUGUGAAUGCCAAACAAAAGUUUACAAUUUUCUUUCCAGAAUUUUUUUUAAAUCUUGUAUUUGAUGUUCAAAAAAUAUAUAUACAUGCUGAUAAUAUUUACAUUAUUCACAGUAAUUACAAAAAUAAUUAAUAAUAAUAUAAAUGAAAGAAAAAGUAUUUAAAAAAGCAAUAAAUUAUUUUUCAAAGUUGUACUUUAGCUUAUAUUGUUGUGUGGUUUUAGAUCCGACCCAUUACCCAAUCGCUGGCUACAUACGGGGAUUCCAUUCCAUUCUUAGCACGGUCACAUGACUCAUCACCCAACCGAGAACACUUACAGUAUGUUCUAGUCAGUCAACACUCAUGUUUGCACAUUUAGUGUUAGUUUGGGUCUGUGUCUUUCUGUAGAAACCUUGUGGCAACUGUACAAAUGUAAACGAAUGCAACGGAAAACACAGUGUUAAAACUGUAGUGUUCAGCAACAAGCAUCCUAGCACCAAAACAUUUGUCUGUGUAGCGCAUGUCUAUUAAAUGACAGCCGAUAAAGCACAAACUACUUAGGCUAUCAGGCUCUCCUGUCUGAAUGGCAGUACUUGAAUGACAUCCUAUAAGCCUAGAGAAACUACUCAAUACUGCAUGCUACUGCACCAUUUUCCAUUAGGCGAUGCUGCCACACAGUCCAGAUAUCACAGCACCUUCGCCGUGACAUUAAAGGUAACCUUGUGCUUUCUGGUUGAAUUAAUAUCCUGUUUAUAGUGAGAGCCAAGUAACGAGAAGAAACUGGCUCCAUCACGAGACGUAGGACCUUUUUUGUAUGAAAGCUUCACUGAUCACAGGCCACCUUUCAUUAAGAUUGACUGUGUAGAUGAAAACGAGCUAAUUCUCCUGAUGCAAA